AUGGGUAAAAGAAACUUCAGAACUGGUAAAGGUACCGGUAAGAAAAACUUUGGUAAAAGAAACGACAAUAACUCAGGAAACGAUGGCAGAGAAGGUUCAUGGACUGAGUUAACUAGAGAGAACCCUAAAUGGGAAAAGUACUACAAGGAAAUGAAUAUCAUCCCUGAUGAAGCCGAAUUUGAAACUUUUAAGAAGGCAUGUCAAGAGAACUUACCAUUGACUUUCAGAAUCACCGGCUCAAGAGCACACGCCAGAGAAAUCAAGGAAAACUUUGUAAACAAUCACGUUUCCAAAUUGAGCGAAGCUACCUUUGAUGGUGUACCGUUGCAACCAAAGAACUUACAAUACUACCCUGAGGAAUUAGGAUGGCAAAUAGAAGUAAGUAAGUCUGUCAUUCGUAAAAAUGAAGAAUUCGCUAAGACUCAACGUUGGUUGGUUAUUGAGACAGAAGUCGGAAACAUUUCUAGACAAGAGGCUGUCUCUAUGAUCCCACCAUUACUUAUGGACAUCGAGCCACAUCACGCUGUCUUAGACAUGUGUGCAGCUCCAGGUUCUAAGACCGCUCAAUUAGUAGAAGCAUUGCACGCUGAUGAAGACUCCGGAAAGCCAGAAACUUUAGCCACCGGAUUUGUUUUGGCCAACGACUCCGACUACAAAAGAUCUCAUAUGUUGAUUCAUCAAGUCAAAAGAUUAAACAGUCCAAAUUUUAUGGUUGUUAACCACGACGCUCAAUUAUUCCCAAGAAUCAAAAUUAAUGGAGCUAACGAAUAUUUGAAGUUUGACCGUAUCUUGUGUGAUGUCCCAUGUUCAGGAGACGGAACAAUGAGAAAGAAUGUCAACGUCUGGAAAGAUUUCACUGUAGGGAAUGCUAUUGGAUUACAUUCUUUACAAAUCAACAUUUUGAACAGAGGGUUACAAUUGUUGAAAAGAGGCGGUAGAUUAGUCUACUCCACAUGUUCCUUGUCUCCAGUAGAAAAUGAAGCCGUUAUUGCUGCAGCCUUGAAAAAAUGGGGAGCACAAAUUAAGAUCGUUGAUUGUUCUAAUGAAUUACCUGGUUUAGUUAGAAGAGAUGGUAUUAGUAACUGGAAGGUCUUUGGCAAGGACAUGGAAGAAAGAGAAAAGGGUAAGUGUGAUGAUGUCCCAGAAACUUGCUUCCCACCAACUGCUGAAGAAGCUGAAACUAUGAACUUGAAUAGAUGUUUAAGAGUCUAUCCGCACUUACAAAAUACUGGAGGGUUCUUUAUUACUGUCAUUGAAAAAGUAGACCCAGAAGCUGAUAAGAAGGCUGCUGAAGAGCCACCAGCUAAGAAGCAAAAGGUUGAAGCUGAAGAAGACUCCACAACUACUACUUCUUCCAAUGUUUCCACUUCAACCACCGCACACGUUCCACAACGUAAGGAAAAGCUUCCAAGAGAUGCUAACGAAGAGCCCUUCAUUUUCCUUCCAAGUGACCACCCAGAGUUGGCUAAAUGUUGGCCAUUCUACGACUUCUCUGAUUCAUUCAACAAGGACUGUACUUUAGUUCGUAACGCUCAGGGAACUCCAGUGCGUACCAUCUACUACGUUUCUCCAAUUCUUAAGGAUAUUCUUUCCAUUACUGAACAAAAAUUGAAGAUCAUUCACGCUGGUAUUAAGUUGUUUGUUUCUCAGAAAAACGACACUGGUAACUGUCCAUGGAGAGUUCAAAACGAAUCUCUUCACACAAUCAAGGGAUACCUCGGACCAAAGAGACAUUUAACCUGUAACUUGAAGCUUUUAGAACUUUUGUUCCAAGAAGCAUUCCCUAAAAUCCAUGCAAUCAAAGAAUCUGGAAUCGAUGCUAGCUUCUCUGAAAAAUUGGAGCCAAUGGAAGAAGGUUGUGUAUUCUUAACCGUAAAUAGAGGAGAAGAGGGCGUGUAUGAAGAUCUUUUCUUACCAUUAUGGAAGGGUAAAACUAAUGUUAACUUAAUGGUUAACAAGAAGGAUACUCACGAAUUAUUGUACAGAGUAUUCGGCAUUGAAACCACUGCAAAGGAUGCAGGUAAGGAAGCUAUUUACCAGAAGAGACUUGAAAACGAUAAGGCCAGUAGAUCUGAAACCCCGGAAGUGAGUGCAAAGGAUCACCAAGUCAAAGAAGAAGUAGUUCAAGAAGAACAAGCUAAGGAAGAAGCAAAAUAA